AUGACGGUGACGUUGGCGGCGGUGACGGUGGCGGUGACGGCGGUGACGGUGCCGGAUCGGCCAGGCUGGAACCUGCUAGGCGAAAGUUCGCCAAAUGAAGCAUGGAUGCGCACAAACUCGAUGUCAGGCGACAGACUUCAAGACGAUCUCUUUAUUGAUGAGGAAGUGAGAUGUCAGAUCAUGAGGGGCAUUUUGUUUCGCGGUACAGAUGCUCUUGCUAGCCCAACGUGGUACAGUACAGCGGUUGUCGGCGGCACGGUGGUGGGCCUGCUCUGUGCUGUGCUCCUCGUCAUGUUCAUCAUCUACCGCAUGCGCAAGAAGGACGAGGGAAGCUACGCGCUCGACGAGCCGAAACGAUCGCCGCACAUGAACCAGUACAACAAGAACCCGCCGAAGGAGUUCUACGCCUGA